AUGGCAGAUCGCAAAGUUUCCGUCAACGGCACAACCAGCGCCUACACUCCCAGCGUCCAAGACAGCAUCAACCUGGCACUCCUCCAAAACGGAGGAAUCAAAAGAAUCCAAAGCGCAUUCCAAGACCGCCUCGAAGCAGCCGGCUGGACGCAAAACGUGCGAGAUUACGUCGAGCGCUUGUUCCGGAGCGGGGACGCGGCCACCUACGAUGAGGCAAUGAGGAUGAUUAUGCAGAACAUGGGAGAUAUCGGCGGUAGUGGAGGCGGCAGCGGCGGGAACGUUUCUGCACCAGAUUUGGCGAUUCCGAUAGAGGUCGUUAAGGACGGGGCAGAGGUUGUGAAGAAGGAGUUGAAGGGUAUUUUGACCUUGGGAGAUGGGAAGGAUAAGUGA